AGAAAUGGACUAUCCCACCAACAAGCAUCCAAGAUGGCGCUGGGUCUGUAUUCUCUGAUCGAAGCUGCUCUGCUGUGUGUGAACGCGAUUGCCGUGCUAAAUGAGGAGAGAUUCCUAUCUAAAGUUGGAUGGGCCACAGACACAGUCAGUGGCUUCGGGGAGCAGCCUGGGAUGAAGUCUCAGAUCAUCAACCUCAUCAGAUCAGUGCGCAUGGUCAUGAGGAUACCCCUGAUUAUUGUGAACACUAUAACUAUAGUGCUUCUGCUGCUGUUUGGAUAGCAGACAUCUUUACAUUUACCAGACUCCUGCCCUGCUCCAAGACACAAUAAUGGCCAGCCUGUGGUGCUGUGGAACACUUUCCCCCUCUUAUUACAUUUAUACCACAACUCUAGAAGGCACCACCUAUCCAUACAAACCCUGAUGAGGUGACAACUGAAUGCAAGGAUGAGGCCAAAAUGUAUGUUCUUAAAGCCUAGUUAUGACAUUGCAUACUUUUAUUUAGAUACAUUGUAUUUGUAAAGAUACCGGGGUACUUCUGUUGAAAAAGUGUCUUAUUCUACUUCCAAUAUUGUUUUUUGAGUCCACCAAGCACAUGUACUUUAGAUAAAUUCCUUGGUAAUGACAGGUUGUUAACUGCAAAAUACAAUGAACUUAUUACUCUAUACUAGAGACUUGUGACUGACAAUGUGACAUGUAAUUAUGAGUCAGGUUUGGCAAGGUCACUCUGUUUACUCUGAUAAAUAAUCAUUGUUCUUGAAACACAAGCCCUUUAUCACUAUUUCUCGUGUUCAUACUGCUGGGAGAGGAUAAGGAAUUGGAUUCCUGCAGUUCUCCCAGCCCACCUAACAUUACCCUGAAGGUGCUAUAAGCAACUGUAUAUAUUGUGAGUUGUCUUUCCACAAGAGAGAAGCUCUUUAUGAUUCCAGUUGUUGUUUCGUGUAUUGAGUUGAAAUAUUGAACUUGAAAGUAUAAAAAUCAAACUGAUGUAACUCUUGGCCGUCAUGGGUAAGGCUAGUAUAAUUUGCUCAAUCCAGAAGCCAGCUUUUACACCAACUAUUUAAUGUUACAAACUUUGAGCACAUGUACAAUAACAAUGUCAUGAACUUAGUUGGGCUAUGGUACAGUUUUUCAACUUUUUGUGAUUAAACACACAUUAAGACAUA